GGGGGGAGGGAGGGCGGGAAUGGGUCUGUAAUUUCUCUAAGAUAAAUAAAGGGGCAAUAAUUGAUCUCCAUCUACAAAGACCACUCGUUGUGCUGGGUGGGGAAUGGAGGGUGGAGGGACAUUUGGUGUCGUGCAAACGGAUGGAACGCGAGUAAGGGGUUCUGAGGCCAUGUUGUGGCUCCCAACCCCACCUACAGCUUCCCGGGGCGGGGUCUCAGAGGAGGGAGGCGUGCCACGUGACUCACUCCGGCCGCAGCCCCCUCGGAAACUGCCAGGCGGAAGUAGACGUUCAGACCUGGGAUCGGCGGCGCCGACUCCACAUCCGGGAGAGGAGAGGAGAGCGGAAGUGGCGUUGGUCUGGCCGGAGCCCUUGGGUGGAUUUGUUAGGCGUGGAGAGGGAGUGAUGUCUUCCAGACUCGGUGCAGUACCCGCCACUCCGGAACCCACAUCCUUUAAGCAGCAGAGGAGCACGAAGAUCGUGGGAGCUAAGAACAGGACCCAGUGCUCCAUAAAGGAUAAUAGUUUCCAGUACACUAUCCCUCAUGAUGACUCCUUAAGUGGCUCAUCGUCUGCCUCUUCAUGUGAGCCAGUGAGUGAUUUUCCACCAUCCUUCCGAAAAUCGACCUACUGGAUGAAGAUGAGAAGGGUCAAGCCAGCUGCUGCUUCCCGUGUAGAAGGGUCAGGUGGAGUAUCAACCAAAGGCAAAAGGAAACCCAGGCAGGAAGAAGAUGAAGACUAUCGGGAAUUUCCUCAGAAGAAGCAUAAGCUUUAUGGGAGGAAGCAACGGCCUAAAACUCAGCCUAAUCCCAAAUCCCAGGCUCGUCGUAUUCGGAAGGAACCACCAGCUUAUGCAGCAGGCAGUUUGGAGGAACAGUGGUACUUAGAAAUCGUGGAUAAAGGCAGUGUCUCCUGUCCUACCUGCCAGGCAGUGGGGAGAAAGACCAUAGAGGGCUUAAAGAAACACAUGGAGACCUGCAAACAGGAAAUGUUUACUUGUCAUCAUUGUGGGAAACAGCUUCGUUCACUGGCAGGGAUGAAGUAUCACGUCAUGGCAAAUCAUAAUAGCUUGCCCAUUUUGAAGGCUGGAGAUGAAAUAGAUGAGCCAAGUGAGAGAGAACGGCUCCGAACAGUUCUAAAGAGACUGGGAAAGCUCAGGUGCAUGCGUGAGAGUUGCUCUAGUAGCUUCACCAGCAUCAUGGGAUAUCUGUACCAUGUCAGAAAAUGUGGCAAAGGGGCUGCAGAGCUGGAGGAGAUGACCCUGAAAUGUCACCACUGUGGAAAGCCAUAUAAAUCGAAGGCUGGACUUGCGUAUCACCUGAGGUCAGAGCAUGGGCCUAUCUCAUUCUAUCCAGAGUCAGGACAACCAGAGUGCUUAAAGGAGAUGAGCCUGGAGCCAAAGAGUGGGGGUCGAGUUCAGAGGCGUUCUGCCAAGAUAGCUGUAUACCACCUGCAGGAGCUGGCUUCUGCUGAACUGGCCAAGGAAUGGCCUAAGAGGAAGGUGCUUCAGGAUUUGGUACCUGAUGAUCGGAAGUUAAAAUAUACUCGCCCUGGGCUACCUACCUUCAGCCAGGAAGUCUUACACAAAUGGAAGUCAGAUAUCAAGAAAUAUCAUCGCAUUCAGUGCCCUAACCAGGGUUGUGAGGCUGUCUACAGUAGUGUAUCGGGCCUUAAAGCUCACCUGGGCUCUUGUACCUUGGGAAACUUUGUGGCUGGAAAAUACAAGUGUCUUCUGUGUCAAAAAGAAUUUGUGUCAGAGAGUGGUGUCAAGUAUCAUAUCAACUCUGUCCAUGCCGAGGAUUGGUUCGUUGUAAACCCAACAACAACCAAAAGCUUUGAAAAGCUAAUGAAGAUAAAGCAGCGGCAGCAAGAAGAAGAAAAGCGGAGGCAGCAGCACAGGAGCAGAAGGUCUCUGCGAAGGCUGCAGCAGCCUGGCAUCGAGCUUCCUGAGGCAGAGCUGAGUCUUAGAGUAGGGAAGGAUCAGAGGAGGAGUAACGAGGAAUUGCUAGUGUCGACCUCCCGUAAGGAACCGGAGCAGGAGCCGGUGCCAGCACAGUUCCAGAAAGUAAAGCCCCCAAAGACUAAUCAUAAACGAGGAAGGAAGUAGGCAGGCAGUGUGGAAGCUCCUAGGAGAGCGGAUGUGCCGCUGUUGUCACGGGGACCUGUGCUGGGAGGACUGAGUCACGGGGGCUGAGCGAGGGGAAAUGUACUCUUUCAGCUGUUUGUGUAAGGCUGUGACUUUCUCAGCUCAUUCCUCCUGUGUAAAUUUCACCGUUCUCCCUAUUUAUUCACUUUGACCCCACCCCCACCCCCAACCCUUUUGGGUAGGUUUUCCUGCUAUUCCUCAUUGGAGUCCUCUUGUUUUUCUCUUAUCUUGCCCAAAGAGCUCCCUCUUAAGGCCAACUAUGGGCCCCUCUUGCCCUGUACAAAACUGAGAAACCCGUUUGGUUGUCCUUUUCCUUCCUGGGCUAUAGAAUGUUCUUGGACUCUCCACUGAUUAAGUAGUCAUUCCGUCAUCUCGCUUAUAAAACAAUUCCAAAUUAAUUUUUUAAAAUCAUACUGACUUAUCAUUUUGUAUUUGUGAUAUAACAAUCCUAGAAGCUAGAACUGUUGUCACUCAUAUAAUAAGCUUAUCCUGUCUCCUUGGGAAACAGAUUUUAUGGAGGCUGUUUGUUCUCUCGAUAUGGUUUUAGGAUUGAAAGUAAGAAAAUGGAUUUAGGAUGAAAAAGCUAGAACCUCUCUACCACUGGUUUUAUUGGGAAAUGUUUUGUUUGUCCCAAGUAGCAGUGACUGUCUGACUAGACCCACAAGCAUGAAAAGCAGCCCAAACAUUAACAUGUCCCAAACGUGAAAAUGAUUGGAAAGAAGGAAGUAGAAGAAGCAAUAAAUACUGCCUCGACUUUCUUGGGGCUUGAGGCCUCAUCAGUUGCUAUGAUCAGUGCCCUCCAGAAGCUUGUUUGCUCCCCCAGUUUUAAGGAUUGAGAAAUACCACAUUGCACUUGAUGUUUUGACCCAGAAUCCUAGUGUUCCUGGUAAUGCCACUAAGAUUGGUAGCCAAGGUACACAUUCCUUCUCCUCUGGACUUGACCUCACUUGUUAGUCUACACUGUGCUAAGUCUUUAUUCCUCCCUUUAGCCAACCUCUGUCUCUUGGAGUUUUCUGAGAAUAUUGUCCUCUGUCCUCUUUUUAUGUGGAGUUCUGUCCUCUUUAUAUCUUGAGACUUUUGACACCAGAUGUAGAUAUUUCUCUGGUGUUGGAAAGAAAAAUUCCUUUUCUGUACCUCAUGCCUACCUGAUAAAAAAUGUCUAGUGGGCUACUUUUCUUUGAGGCUGGCUUUCUCUGGAGCAUUGUUCAGAACAGCUCUGUUGUUGGGUUUCUAGAUUCUCUUCCCUUUCUCCACAAAUAUUGGUCUUAUAUAUUCUUGCCAAUUUUGGUGGCAUCUGCCACAUAAAAAGCAAGGACCCUGAACCCUGAUAUGGAUAAAUACUACCUUUUCAAAUUCUGAAAGGCUGUUACUACUCUUGAACUCUGUAUUCUGUGCUGCUCCACAUAGCUUUAAAAUGUGGGCUUUUGUGAAGACCACUUUCAAACAAGGGAGCAUUGAAACCAGAUUUGGAUACUGCCAGAAUAGAUAGUUUUGAAACAAGUCAAGGAUGUGGUAUGUCCACUCUACAUUUUCAUUGGCAGUUGCACCCUUAAAACCCUUUCGGUAGAUGAGGAUUGUCAGGGAGGAGAAAUGAAGAAGCUAUAUUAAUUUCUGGUGAGUAAGACUUGGGGAAUGUUGGGCAAUGACAAAAGAAAUAAAUGACUGUCGGUUAGAAUGAUGUUUCCAGUUGUUCAUUGACUCCGACCUGCUACUUGACUCCUUGCUGACACAGUAUAUGGGGGUAAGAAAAUGGCUAGACGUGGGAGUGCGUUUUAAAGAAGUACCAAAUGCGGGGUUGGUAGUUUUUUAUCCCCUGAAAUCUGCUGGUUAAAAUGAGUAAUUUGUUUGAGAUUAAAGUGAAUUAAUACAGGAAACUUGUCCAGUCUCAUCCGGGGCUCUUGCAGGCACUUUAAAAAUUUUUC